UACUAAAUUUAUCUGGAGGGGCGGGCUAUCGAAGUGUAACAAGACAAUUACAAUAUUAAUCUAGAGGGGCCGGAAAUGAAAGGGCGUUUUAGCAUAUAGCCCUGGGAAAUACUGAUCUUAGCGCCUCUGCCUGACUUUCUCUUUUGCAGCCGACUCCUGGCCUCUGCACCUCCCCCCGAGCCCGGGUCCGGCACUUCCGGUGAGCCUCCCUGGGCGUCGGAGCCGGAGCGACUGGAGAGGCUGAGGGGCGCUGGUGGACGGACUCCCGCCGUAGCAUUCCCCGGACGGCGCGGCAUCUGCGGAAGUGACCCACCAUGUUCUCUUUCAACAUGUUUGACCACCCCAUACCCCGGGUCUUCCAGAACCGCUUCUCCACACAGUAUCGCUGCUUCUCCGUGUCCAUGUUAGCAGGGCCUAAUGACAGGUCAGAUGUGGAGAAAGGAGGGAAGAUAAUUAUGCCGCCCUCAGCCCUCGAUCAACUCAGCCGCCUUAACAUUACCUACCCCAUGCUGUUCAAACUGACCAACAAGAACUCAGACCGCAUGACCCACUGCGGUGUGCUGGAAUUUGUUGCUGACGAAGGAAUCUGCUACCUCCCACACUGGAUGAUGCAGAAUUUGCUGUUGGAAGAAGGAGGCCUGGUUCAGGUGGAGAGUGUCAACCUUCAAGUGGCCACGUACUCUAAAUUCCAGCCUCAGAGCCCUGACUUCCUGGAUAUAACCAACCCCAAAGCAGUAUUAGAAAAUGCACUGAGAAACUUUGCCUGUCUGACCACCGGGGAUGUGAUUGCGAUCAACUAUAAUGAGAAGAUCUAUGAACUGCGGGUGAUGGAGACCAAGCCAGACAAGGCCGUGUCCAUCAUUGAGUGUGACAUGAAUGUGGACUUUGAUGCUCCACUGGGCUACAAAGAACCUGAAAGACAAGUCCAGCAUGAGGAGUCAACCGAAGGUGAAGCUGACCAUAGUGGCUAUGCAGGAGAGCUUGGCUUCCGUGCCUUCUCUGGCUCCGGGAACAGAUUAGAUGGGAAGAAGAAAGGUGUGGAGCCCAGCCCCUCCCCAAUCAAGCCUGGAGACAUUAAAAGAGGAAUUCCCAAUUAUGAAUUUAAACUUGGUAAGAUCACUUUCAUCAGAAAUUCACGACCACUGGUCAAAAAGGUUGAAGAGGAUGAAGCUGGAGGCAGAUUUGUCGCUUUCUCUGGAGAAGGACAAUCCUUGCGUAAAAAGGGAAGAAAGCCAUAAAUUGCAAUAGUUGGCUGAUAGGCAAAUAAAAGAAUCAAUUGCAACA